ACUAAUCUCAUUUGUUCAAGCUACAGGGCCAUUUUUUUGACAGUCUGUGUAGUGAUGUAAUAUGUCUCUCUCAACAGAAACGUCAUCAGCAUGUUUGCAACAGCGGAGGGUCUUUUAACACAGCAGGAUCACCUCAACUCUGACGGUCUGCAGGAAGUUUUUGCCACAAACCUGUUUGGUCAUUUUCUCCUGGUCAGGGAACUGGAGCCUCUGUUGUGUGAGGCGGGUCACACAUCACGUGUCGUGUGGACCUCUUCAAGUAACGCCCGCCGCACUGCCUUCAGCAUUGAGGAUAUCCAGCACAAAAAUGGGACUGAGCCCUACAGCUCCUCCAAGUAUGCCUCGGACAUGCUCAGUGUGGCCCUCAAUAGACACAAGAACAGUCAGGGGCUUUUCUCCUCUGUGAUAUGUCCAGGACUGGUGAUGACCAAUCUCACUUAUGGCAUCCUGCCCUCCUGUUUCUGGACUUUUAUUAUGCCAAUCAUGUGGUUGAUCAGGAUCUUCACGAAUACGUUUACUCUUACACCACAUAAUGGAGCGGAGUCACUGCAUUGGCUGUUCCUUCAAACACCAGAGUCUCUGGACCCGAGGGCAAAAUAUCACAGCUUGACAUCAGGACUUGGAGCAAACUACACAGAACCACGGCCAAUGGACAUUGACGACAGUAUGUGCGAGGUGCUCUACGAGAAACUACUUGAAUUGGAGAAAGACAUCAGGAGACGACUCACUGACCAAAAUCAACAUCAUUGUAAUGACAUAAACGUGUGUUCUAAUUAAUGGUAAAGUUCAGCAAAAAUACCAACCAUGCUCUCUUGGGU